AUGGCACCAUCUAAAGAAAACGGCUCCAUCUCUACUGGAGAUAACAAGCAAUUGACUGGUCUUCUGCGCGAGGCUCGCCAGGAUAUUCUCAGCCAAGCAGGAAGAAUCAUUCCUGAUCUUCGUACCCUUCACGAACUCAGCCAGACGAUCUCUAGUGGUGAUAUCGUCGAUGACCGGAAGUAUCUGAUUGAAAAUAUCAUUCAAGCCGCAGCAUCACUGCCCAAUGGGUCUAUCCUUCGGGAUAAAAUUACAGACCAGUUCAUUAAGACACUAUGGGAAAACCUUCAGCAUCCGCCUCUGUCUUACCUCGGAGACCAGUUCAGAUAUCGGACGGCUGAUGGCAGCUUUAAUAAUAUUAUGUACCCCCGUCUCGGGGCUUCUGGCAGUCAUUACGCCCGGAGUGUAUCCCCAGAACAUCCUCGUCCGGCUAUACUACCGGACCCUUCUGUCAUUUUUGAUACUCUUUUGGCACGCGAAGGUCCCCCAAAGGAGCAUCCUUCCAAGAUCUCUAGCAAUCUAUUCUAUCUAGCUACGAUAAUCAUCCAUGAUCUCUUCCAUACGGACGAAUCCGACUAUACCAAACUCAAAAACUCUUCGUAUCUCGAUCUGGGCCCUUUAUACGGCCAUAACAAGCACCAGCAGAGUGAAGUGAGAACUUUUGCAGAUGGCCUACUGAAGCCAGAUACCUUUGCGGAAAGGCGACUCCUCUCCCAGCCCCCUGGGGUCAGUGCCUUGAUCAUUGCUUUUAACCGGUUCCAUAAUUAUGUGGUUAAGGAAAUGGCAUUCAUCAACGAAGGAGGAAGGUUUAGUUUGCCUUCCGGCGUCGAACCAGAUAGUCCCAAGUAUGCCCAGGCGCUGGCGAAAAGGGACAAUGAUCUAUUUCAAACUGGAAGACUGGUUACGUGCGGAUUAUAUGUCAACAUUAUUCUCAACGACUAUCUCCGCGCGAUCUUGAAUCUCAAUGAGAACCCAGUCAACUCGGACUGGAAACUGGACCCGAGGAAAAGCCUUGCGGUGUUUGAUCAGCAGGGACUUGCUCGCGGUGUCGGAAACCAAGUCAGUGCCGAGUUCAAUAUGAUAUAUCGGUGGCAUGCCGCGAUCAGUGCGCAGGAUGAAACGUGGAUCGAUGGCCUUGCGUCAAGGGUUUUCGGUCCGCACGUUGAUGCCAGCAAUCUGUCUGUGGACGCGUUUCUCGGUGGCCUCAAACAAUACUUCGAAGCAAACUUCUCAGGAGAUCCAUCAACAUGGACUUUUGAUGGUUUGGAAAGGGGAAAGGAUGGAAGCUUUGCGGAUGAUGACCUCGUAGGUUUACUUCAGGAUGGCUGCGAGAACGUGGCCGCGGCGUUUGGGGCUCGAAAUAUCCCAAAGGUAAUGAAAGCUAUUGAGCUGCUCGGGAUUCAGCAAGGCAGAGACUGGCAACUGGCCACAUUGAACGAAUUGAGAUUAUUCUUCAAGCUGAAGCCGUAUUCGACUUUCGCGGAGGUGAACUCCGAUCCUUCAGUCGCUGAGACCUUGGAAGCAUUAUACGGCCACCCCGACAAUAUCGAACUAUACGUCGGAGUGCAGACUGAAGAAGCCAAAAAGCCUUUCAUGCCCGGGUCUGGAUUGUGUCCUGGAUUUACCAUUUCAGUAGCUAUUCUAUCCGAUGCGGUGGCUCUUGUGCGCGGCGAUCGUUUCUACACGGUUGACUAUAACUCUGCCAAUCUGACCAACUUUGGUUUCAAUGCAGCUAGUUCCGAUUUCGAUGUUGCAGGCGGCGGAGUCAUGUACAAACUGCUGAUGAGAGCCUUCCCUGGUUGGUACCGACCAAACAGCGUAUACGCUUUAUAUCCGUUCGCGACCCCGGAAAAGAGCCGUGAAAUCUUUAAAAAGAUGGGAAAGGCGAAGGAGUUUGAUUUCACCCGGCCAUCGUAUAUUGGACCGCCUGUUCCUGUCACAACCUGGAAAGGUCUGGUGGAUCUGUUGAAUGACCAAGACCAAUUCCAUGUUCCUUGGGGACAGCAUACCUUCCAACUCACCGGACAUGAUUACAUGCUGAGCGGAGAUUCUUCCGCUAAUUCGGAGCAGAGAGAAUUCGUCUUUGAACGAUUAUACAGACCCUCCGACGCAUUGGAGGAAGUGCGGCAAUACUACGAGUCAAUCACCUUUGAUCUUAUCCAGAAAAAGAGCCGGAAAAUAGGGAGGUCUUACCAAGUUGAUAUUGUUCAAGAUGUUGGAAACCUCGCACAUGCGUAUUUCUGCGCAAAGUUUUUCAACAUCCCUCUUAAGGAGACGGCCAGCAGCUCUACCGAUGCAUAUACACCCCGAGAGCUUUCCGACGCUCUUUCCGAUCUGUUCGGUUAUGUCUUCUUGGAUGUCGACCCCGUACAAUCGUUUGGAAACCGGGUGAAGGCGGCUAGAAAAUCGAAGCGCAUGGGUGAAAUUAUGGCCAAAGCUGUGUCAGACAGUAACGGACACAUCAUCAGCCGGUUUUUCAAUAUGUUUGCUCGUCAUGCUCCGAGUCUGCCGUAUACUACUACUAGCUCUUUCUUGAAUGAUUAUGGAUCGCAGCUCGUGAAGAGACUGCUGGAAGGGGGGAAAAGUGUUGAUGAAGUUGUUUGGACAAUUAUCCCGACUGCAGCAGCAGCUUGUGCCACUCAAGCUCAGGGGUGGGGACAAAUGUUAGAUGUCUACCUAUCGGAUAAGUAUGCCUCGCAGUGGCCUGCAAUCCGGAAGCUGGCCCAGUCCGAGGAACCUGAAGCGUUUGAGAAAUUGAAAAAAUACGCUCUCGAGGGAUUCCGCUUGUCCACUCCGGCCUUUGGCGUGCUGCGCACCUCAAUGGAUAACACCACGAUCAAAGAUGGCAAGUCAAUGACAGCCGUGAAAACGGGAGACACUAUAUUUGUAGACUUCGUUACGGCCGGCCAGGAUCCCAGCAAGUUCCCGGAUCCCGAAGAGAUCAGACUUGACCGUCCACCGGAGGUCUAUAUUCACCAUGGCUGGGGCCCGCACUCCUGCCUAGGCCGGGCAAUCGUUACUACAGCAGGCGCCAGUCUGUUGCGUGUCUUGGGCCGGCUUGGAAACAUCCGGCGCGCACCAGGACCAGCGGGAGAGAUGAAGAGCAAGUUCGUGAACAAGGCAUUCAAGGUGUAUUUACCUGAAGAUGGGAGUGAAUGGACACCAUUCCCUUGCAAUAAAAAGGUCGUAUUCGAUAGAUUGGACAAGUAG